UUCGCUCGACAUUACCACUAGUCUUAACUGUAAUUACGACCAGAAGCCCUGCGACCGACAUUUUGCGUGUUUAGCCAGCCAGUAGGCGCCGGGGCCUGUGUCGCUAGCCGGCUAGCUAGUUAGCUAGCUGUUUCGUGGAGCAUAUCCUGUUAUCUCCUUACAGCGUCCAGGAAAAGAUGCGUGUGUUCUGCAUCAUAUAACAUAUUAGAUAUUUCAUUCAAGACAUCAUAUGAUUAAAUGAUAAUAUCGGAUGGAUAUUCGCUAGGAUACACAGCCUACUACAGAAAUGCUAGCUAUGGAUUACGAUUUGGAUCCAGCCGACAAAGUACCCUCUCCCUAACUAUUUGGCAUAUAGAGCAGAAAUAUAACAAGCAGAAAUUGACAAAUAAUGCUGUCGUCAGAAAAUUAGCACGAACUAUGUCGUUCGCAUGUAUCUGUGGCAGCAGUUGCCUAACAGUUUCUGUUUAAUGCCGCUUUUGAGUUUGCCGGACAAAUGCCAUUCAUAUUUAUUUACGACUUUCUAAAGUCCCUGACUGUACUUUCCCCUUAUCAGCCGAAUCACACAUUUUAAGUUACAAACCACAGUAUAAUUAAGGCGUAACAUUUCCAUAGGGUGACAUUAAAAUUAGCUCCAACCUAAGCCAUAGUAAGCCACUAAGAAACACUGGGGAUCAGCCCCAAUCCGACAGCAGACAAUAUUACUUUGCCUAGGGGCAAUUCACAUAGACAUUUUAGGAGUGUGGGAGAACUAGGAUCUUCAGAAUAAAACCGAGCUCUGUGUAAAUGCAUGUAAUCACCCCCGAGGCUCUACGGACAUGCCCCCCUCUUAUUCCCACUAGUUUCUGCUAUGGUUACAGUCAAACAGUAUUUGCCUACGUCACAUUUACAGAAAUCCAGGAUAAUGGACUAAAAUUAAUAUCCAACACGUUCAAAAAUAAAAUUAUAUUUAUGAUUGGAAAACGCAAGAUUUGUUGAAAUUAUUUUUUUGCAUUUUGAACGCCAGAUAAUUACUGUAAUGGCUGUAAGCUUUUUUUUCUUACUAUGUUAAAGCUUAAUUUUAUAUGCUUGGUUAAAAUUUCAGCUAAUGGAUUGGUCUUCUGACAAAAGGCUUCAUAUAGGACAAUGCAAUUUUAGACAUAACUGUUUGACUAACAUGACUGUGUGUGUAUACUACCAUACAGUAUUCAGUUUUUAUAAGUAGGGUGUUAUUGCCAGUACCGUGGCAUAUGUUUUGAAUGCAUUAGUAAUUCAACAAUACUAAAGUAGGUUAAAAGUGAGCUCGACGCUAAAAGAAAACGGUUGUUCAUUAUGGUAGGAAAACACAAAUAUGUAUCACAUAAAGAAAUCCUAUAUCCUAAGAUUUCAGUAAUUGAAAUUAUGCUAUAAUUAGAUAUAUAUAAUUCCAUGUGAAUGACUUCCAAGCAAAGGGCAUCUGGGUUGAGAGGUAAUACAGGGGAGUCAUUCUAUGGCUUUCUGUGUCCUCCAUCCACUUCAUGCUGGCCCAUGAUUGGUUAAUGCCUUACAGAGGAGCUCUGUAGUUAGUGCAUUGCUAGGUUUUGUGGCCCCGGCAGUCUUAAUGAUGUCGGAGCAGGAUCUGGUGGAGAUGGUUCAAAUUGCAGUGGGAGACUUGAACCAAGAGGACCCUCCUGUUGUGAUCGAGAAUCAUGACGAUGGCGAUGACAAGCCCGAGAGAAAACGUCAGCGGGUGGAAAUCAACUGUCAGGAUUCCUCUCUGAAGUCUCUGCUGUACUCCAUUAAUCAGACAAUCUGCCAGAGGUUGGAGGCCAUUGAGGCCAAGUUACAAGUCCUAGAAGCGGCUUGUAGGACACUGGAGGAGAAGUUAGAUCUAGUGAUGAAUAAGAACCAGGGCCCCAUCCAGGUGCCCAUGGUGGCCGGGUCCCCACUGGGUGCUACGCAAACCUGGAAUAAAGUACGCUGUGUUGUACCCCAGACAAAUGUAAUUGUGACUAGUGACCGGCCAAAGGGGGUGGGCCAGGAAGAGGCUACUAUGCAGGGGGCAGAGUCACUGGAGAACCUUCUCAGCAACACAGUGACUGGACGGAGGCAGAACACAAUCCUGGUGAAGGUUCCCGCACCGGAAGACAGUCAGGAGGACGUGGAGAGUGGCUCAGAGGCAAGUGACUCAGUGUCCAACAGCGGCCAAGCCUCUGGCCAGAGCGCCAACAAUGUCACCUUCAUCACCCUCAACUCUGAAGAGGACUUUCCGGGGGGCACCUGGCUGGGCGAUGAGAACAACCCAGAGAUGAGGGUGCGGUGCCCCGUGUCACCUGCCGACAUGCUGCACAUCAGCACAAACUGCCGCACGGCAGAGAAGAUGGCACUCACACUGCUAGACUACCUGUUCCACCGUGAGAUACAGGCUGUGUCCAACCUGUCUGGCCAGGGCAAGCACGGCAAGAAGCAGCUGGACCCCCUCAUGAUCUACGGCAUCCGCUGUCACCUGUUUCACAAAUUCGGGAUUACGGAGUCAGACUGGUACCGGAUCAAACAGAGCAUCGACUCCAAAUGUCGCACGGCCUGGAGGCGGAAGCAGCGGGGCCAGAGCCUGGCUGUCAAGAGCUUCUCCCGCAGGGCCCCCGCCUCGCAAUCCUCCUCAGAGGGGACUGCCGGGGCAGGGGCGUCGCCGACGGAGACCUCUGCCCAGCAGGCGCUGCAUUAUGCCCUUGCCAACAGUCAGCAGGUGCAGAUCCAUCACAUAGGGCAGGAUGGACAAGUGCAAGUGAUCCCUCAGGGGCACCUCCACAUCGCACAGGUUCCUCAGGGCGAGCAGGUCCAGAUCACACAGGACAGCGAGGGAAAUCUGCAGAUUCACCAGGUUCAUGUGGGCCAGGAUGGACAGGUCCUCCAGGGGGCGCAGCUGAUUGCCGUGGCCUCGGCGGAUGCGGCGGCGGCAGGCGUGGAAGGUUCCUCGUUGCAGGCCAGUGACAUCCAGGUGCAGUACGUCCAGCUGGCGCCCGUGGCUGACCACACUGCUGCCGUGCAGCGCUCUCCCCCGCAGGGAACAGAGGCGCUGGAGCCCGGCCUGCAGGCUGACAUGGAGGUGAAGCAUGGAGCCAUUCAGAUCCAGCAGGGCGAGAACGGGGAGCUGCUGCAGAUCCAGAUGCCCGUCAGCACCGUCAGCACUUGAGAGAUUGGGCAACAGGGUGCUUCUUGACAGUGGUGACGGACGGCCAUUUUGACACGGCCCAACGAAAAGAGCAGAACAGAGAUUGAGCGGUUAUUUAAAGCGCAGUUCCACUUAGUAAAUUAAUAACUUUCUUUUUGCUUGAAGCGGAUGAUCAGAUACAUACAGCCCACGCUUCACGCCUGUAUCGGAACAAUUCUUCAAAUCAUGGACACAGGAGAAGUCCCUUUGUAGGACGUGCCUUUGAACUCGGUCAGCUUAUUGGCCAUUGCUCUCUACUGCCCUCUGUCUGUGAUGUUCUUCUGUGUGUCAGAAAGAUGUGUGCAGAGCACAUUUAUGGACACAGUAUAGAUGGAAGCAAUACAAGCUGAUAUGGAAGCAUUUUUGCUGCUGCCAGGCCAGACAAACGUCAACACGUUCCAGUCCUCGGUGCACCAGGGAUUCCUCAAUGUCAUUUGUAGCACCCUGUAGCUCUCCUAGCAGUGUGCCCAGGGCCACGUGGCGUCGCACGUGUCAAGCGGCUCUUUGGAAGAUCGUCACAGCUCAGCUGAAGCGCUGACGGACCCCUUCGCCUCCACCUCGACGUUUCCCUGCUAGGCGUCUACGCAGCAAGAGCGUAGGGAACCCAUUUCAAACUGUUGAGACUUUAAAAAGAUCUAUAAACAAUUAAAGGUUCAUUUGACAUUUUUUUGCUUUUGAGAAACUCUGCUGUGCUUUGUAAUUUUGUUGUCCUUGUUUUGAUCACUCAUAUCAGUUUUGCUCAUUUGGCAAUCUUUAGUACAUCUUGCUUGGAUGUGCAUUUAGCGUUUCUAAGAUGUAACGUAAUAGGAGAUGAUAAAAAUAAAGACUUUUUGUCGUGUUUUGUUUGAAA